AUGACGGUCUUGUCGCGUUUUUACAAGAAGAAGGCGGUUGAGGAGGAGGUACACGAGAAGGGAACGCCAGCCACUGGUACUCCUGCGGAGACGCCUUCCAGGGGUAACUCUGCUGUGCAGGCCACCGACCUUGAGCCCAAGGGCCGCGUGCCUGCCGUUGCUAUCAUCCUCGGUGCCGUCGCCAGUAUUGGUGGUUUCAUGUUCGGAUACGAGUCUGGACAGAUCUCUGGUUUCCUCGAAAUGGACGACUUCAAGCAACGCUUCGGUGAGAACGCUGAGUUCUCUGCUACCCGUUCUGGUGCUAUUGUCGGUCUGCUAGCCGUCGGUACUCUCUUUGGAUGCUUGGGCUCAGCUCCUCUUGCUGACACCUUCGGUCGUCGUCUCACUAUCUCCGGUUCUGCCUUCUUCUACAUUGCUGGUGUCAUUAUCGAAAUCACCAGCAAGGACGUCUGGGUUCAGUUCGCCAUGGGUCGCUUGACUGCCGGUCUCGGUAUCGGAGCCCUUUCCACCGUCGUCCCCAUGUACCAGUCUGAAUCGAUUCCCAAGCGCAUCCGUGGUGCCACCGUCUCCUCUUACCAAUUGUUCAUCACACUCGGUAUCUGGACUGCGUACAUGGUCAACUACGGUACAUCAAAGGACUACACCAACAGCGCUCAAUGGCGUAUCCCCAACGGUCUCUCCGCACUUUGGGCUAUCAUCCUUGGUAGCACCAUCCUGCUUCUGCCCGAGUCUCCCCGUUACGCAUACCGCAAGGGCAAGGUCGAUGAGGCUCGCGCCAACAUGGCCCGUCUCAACGGUGUUGACCCCCACAGUGCUUUCAUCGACGCUGAAAUCGCCGAGAUCCAGGAGAAGCUCGAGGCUGAGGCUGCUGGUGGUGACCACCCAUGGCACGAGAUCUUCACCGGUCCCCGCAUGUUGUACCGCACCCUGCUCGGUAUGGUUCUCCAGGCUGGUCAGCAGUUGACUGGUGCCAACUACUUCUUCUACUACGGAACAACCAUUUUCUCUGCCACCGGUCUCGAGAACUCUUACGUUACUUCCAUCAUUCUCGGUACCGUCAACGUUGUCGCUACAAUCUUCGGUCUCUGGGUUGUUGAGAACGUCGGUCGCCGCAAGGCUAUGAUGGUCGGUGCUGCGUGGAUGGCCAUGUGUCUGUUCAUCUACUCCUUCGUCGGCCAGUACGGUCUCGAUCGCAAUGCUCCCCAGACCACACCUGCGGCUGGAAACGUCAUGAUCGUCUUCACCUGCCUGUUCAUUGCCGCAUUCGCCACUACCUGGGGACCCCUUGUCUGGGCCAUCGUCGGAGAGUUGUACCCUGCCCGCUACCGCGCUACCUGCAUGGGUCUCGCUACCGCAUCCAACUGGCUCUUCAACUUCAUCAUCUCCUUCUGCUCCACCCUCAUCACCGAUGAGAUCAACUACCUGUACGGUCUUGUUUUCGCUGUCUCCCUGGUUCUGCUCUUCAUCAUCGUCUACUUCUUCAUGAUUGAGACCAAGGGACGUUCGCUCGAAGAGAUUGACACCAUGUACAUGAUCCACGUCAACCCUAUCACUUCCUCCAAGUGGGACCCAUCGAGUCUGCAGAAGGACGGCCUCGUCGACACCGACAGGCUGCACAUGGGUGCUGGUGGUCGUACCUUCAGCAAGGCUGAGCAGGCUGGUACCCACGGUGGUAUCUUGGAGCCGGCUGAGCGCAACGAGAACCAGGUUUAA